AUGUCUAAAAAUUCGAAUACACCUCUUCCAUUAACCCCUAAUACUGUUGACCUCACUUACAUCAACUUGGAAGAAGUAAAAAAGCAACAUACUGCUGAGACUGAAGCUGGUGAUUUCAACAUGGGUGUAUAUGCAACUUUGGAUGUGAAGAAUCCAAAGGAAAUCAACUAUAACCCUACCUAUGCUAAUCUACCUGAAAAGCAAGAGGUAAAAUCAUUUCUCGUGAAAUAUAAAUGGAAGAUCGUCAUAUCGGGUGCAGUUAUCGUUAUCAUGAUGGCUCAAUGUGUUAUUAAUGGACUGGCCAGUGGAGGCGUUUUUCAAGGUAAAACUGAAGAAGACAUUGUUACCACUAGGAAGGAAGGUUCUACCCUCACUACAAUUAAUCAAAAGCUAUCUAACUUGACAGAAAAUAUCAUUUUAUGGAAAGCUGACAUCUUGGAUAACCUCAAAAUAUUAGCUAUUAACGAGUGCUCUAGUGAUCCAUGCAAAAAUGGUGGAAAUUGUGUGAAUAGAUUAAAUGGUUACCAAUGCACUUGUCUUCCUGGAUAUAAGGGUGCGGAAUGUGAUGUUGCUAACUGCAAAGAACAACUCAUCUCUGGAGAUAUUUACAGUGUCGGUGAUGCAAGUAUCACUGCCUCGGGGUAUUACAGUACUGCACAUGUCCCGAGUAGAGGUAGAUUAGACUCGCAGAAGGAGUCAGGCCUCGCAUCAUGUUGGGCUCCGGCUGGCGGGAGUACAGAUCGAUGGAUUCAAGCGGACCUCGGUGAACUCAUGUUAGUGACGGGUGUCCUGACUCGGGGAAGAACAGACGGGGCGUAUAUUCAAUGGGUAACAUCGUACAAGUUUUUGUAUGGAGAAACUGAAAGCAGUUUGGAAGAGUACAGAGAGAUUCUACCAGGGAAUGAGAAUAGAUACACUCAUGCAACAAACCUGAUUGAACCACCAGUGCUAGCAAGAUUUGUUCGGAUCAAUCCUCAGACUUGGCAUGGAGCUUGUUGUAUGACAUUUGAUGUUCUUGGAUGUCCAGACCAAGCAGGUACUAUGUGAACGACAGGUCCAGAUGGAAUAUGCCAUUAGUUUGAAAUUCAAAAUGCGGUAAUUAUGGAAAUGUUUGGAAUGGCUUUUAGAAGAAUCAAUGGAAUGACUGUUUCCAGCAAAACAUAGUUUCAGGAAUCAGGACUAGAAAUGCACGUAAAAAGGAACUGAUCAACUAAAUUAUCAUAAGCUAGACUCCACUAGCCAUAGUUUGAUAUCAAUGGAAGUGACAUACUGAGGUUACUUACGUAAUAAAAUAAGAAGAAACGUUUACCUUUUGAGAAAAACAAUAGUCUAGUUAAAAGCCCAUGGUAAAAUCUACAGACACGUUCGCAAAAUGGUAUAAUGGUUUUAAAGACAAUUGUCUUCUAUUUUCACUGUUAUCAUAUCAAGGGUAUCUGCUAAUUUCGGUGAUAUAUUCUAAUCUAGUCUCUCUAACUUAUACUAUUGUAUAAUCUAUUCAUACAAUAAAAAUGUGAAGAUCCUCUUUCUAGAGACAACAUUUUGAAAAGUGUCGAGGAUUGAAAAUCUGAAUCUUAUAACGAAAUACGCUAGGCCUAUACAAGAAUUUUGGAAUACACUAUUUCGUCAAAUUAUUGUUUAGAUUUAUUAAACAUCGACUGUGUGUACAAACAAAAAUGUAGAUAGCAAUACAUUUGGACUUGAUUUGAUUUAAAGGAGUAUGUUUUAUAUCAGUUAAGUAUCAUGCUGCAACCAUUGUAUUGUAAGACUUUUUAGAAAAAACACUUACAUGUAUUAGAAG